CUCGCUGAGUCAUUGAAUAAUGUCAAUAAUAGUGCUAGGGAGUUUCCUGUUGCAAAGCUUGUUGAAUUCAUUCGUGAUAGGAUGCAGCUGUGGUUUCAUGAACGGUCAGAAAUUGCUAGUUCCACUCGCACCCCUCUUCCUAAGAAACGUGAGGGUGUCCUAAUUCAAAUGCAACGUGAAGCUUUUCGUAUGAAGGUAAAUCCAUCAUGUCCAUAUGAGUUUGAAGUUAUUGAUUUUCAUUCGCGCUCUUACGUGGUCAAUUUAAAGGACAAAACCUGCACAUGUUGUGAAUUCCAACUUGAUCAAUUUGUUUGCGUUCAUGCUGUGGCUGCUAUUGGGAGACGUCCCGGCUUAUCUUGUUAUGAUUUUAUCUCUCCUUUCUACAAAAUUGAGGCGUUAGUAUGUACAUAUGCUGGUAUAAUCCACCCAAUUGGUGAUGUGUCUUCAUGGGAUGUUCCUCAAUAGACUUUGUCAAUAAUUUGCAAACCUCCACCUUGUGACAAACGCCCUUCAGGAAGGCCUAAGAAGAGGCGCUACCUGUCUAUUGG